AAAUAUUAAUAAAUUUACUACUGCAGUACUAAACAAUAGAGGCAUAAAUGUGACUAAUAAAUACAUCUACAAAAUCAGAGAAGAGAGACGUCUCUCUUCUCUGACGAAAUCCAAGAAAAUUGGAAGUGCUUUCAUUUCAUGCAUUUAUGGUCAAACGCAUAGAUAAGUCAAACGUCAAAUCUGUAAGUCAAAAUAAAAACAACCUACAAAAAUUAUACAUUACAUUAUAAAGUAAAGUUACAUUAUAAAGUAGUUUUUAAUAAUUCUUUUGCAAACGUGUGAGUUUUUUGAGAAAGUUUUAAAAAGAUUGUUAUGUGAUGAAAGUUACAAUGGAAGAAAUUGACGAUUCUGCCUUGUGCGAUUCAGUGUCAUCCUUAAUUGAGGGAUGUAGACUUCCUGUCCAUAUGUCAGGAACCGAUGACUGGCCUCUAGCAGAACUGGUUAGCUUAAAAGAAGAAAAUGGCAAAAAGUUGUACUAUGUUCAUUAUGUUGAUUUCAAUAAACGUUUGGAUGAAUGGGUUGGUGAAGAAUCUUUGGAUACACGAAAGGUACAUUUUCCAAGGAGAGAUGGUGGAAGUAACACAGGUGUUUCAACACCUAAAAAAAUCCAUAUUGGUGCAGGAGGGCCGAUAUCAAGGCCCUCCAGUCCUGUGUUUAGCAAUGAAUUAGUAAAUGGCAAUGCGGUUUUAGCCGCAGCUCUCCAAAAACGUAUAAACAGAAAAAGGAAGGGUCCUACGCUAGAAAAUGAAGAUUCACAAGAGGGUGCAUUGCAACCUCCUCAGGGGCCAAGGCAGUCAGGGAGUAUGGUGUCACAUAAUGAUGAUGUUGUAACUAGGAUGAAAAACGUGGAAAUGAUUGAGUUGGGACGUCAUCGAAUUAAACCUUGGUAUUUUGCCCCUUAUCCACAGUUUUUUAUUGAGAAAGUACCCUGGAGUGGGACACACUUUAUGUAUGACUGUAACUUGGAAAGAGACGUUAAGGAAAUGAUAGGACUUCCAUGUAUCUAUAUUUGCGAGUUUUGUUUGAAAUAUUGCAAAAGUCGAAAAUGUCUGGAAAGGCACCUGGCCAAGUGCAAUUUACGUCAUCCUCCAGGAAAUGAAAUUUACCGAAAAGGCAACAUAUCGUUCUUUGAGAUUGAUGGUCGCAAAAAUAAAGGAUAUGCUCAGAAUUUGUGUUUGCUUGCAAAAUUGUUUCUUGACCACAAAACAUUGUAUUAUGACACUGACCCAUUUCUAUUUUAUGUGAUGACAGUAUUUGAUAAUAGGGGAUUUCACAUAGUGGGUUACUUCUCAAAAGAAAAGGAAUCAACACAAGAUUACAAUGUUGCUUGUAUUCUUACAAUGCCACCCUAUCAAAGAAAAGGAUAUGGAAAACUUCUUAUAGAGUUCAGUAAGUGAAAA